UCGACGCCUCAGUUUGCACUAACUUACAAUUUUACAGUAUUUGCCGCCAUCAUACCAGGACUUUGCGACCAAUCGUUGAACACAACCCCUCUCUCAACAGUUCGCCACUUGGGGCAAGCGCAGGAGGCCAUAGUGACAGGACAUAACCAAAGUUCUUACAUUCGCAAGCCACCCACCAUAAAUAGCGACGUGGGUCGGUGGCUCCGCCGUCGCGAGGAGCGGACUAGGGCGUGGUGUGCACCUCCGCCGAACACGCAUCCUUGCGUUGCGCGCAUCGUAGCGACGGCGCCAUGAACACUCCAAGCUGCACAGUGCCCCUAGUUGCACAGCCACUGGACAUUGCGGUCAGCGCCUCCGCCGGCCUACUGGCGGCCGGGCUGGUCAGCGGCGCCGUACAGCUCGUGUCCUUCUCCUGCCCGCAGCCUGCCGACAACGCAGAUGACGGCACCACAGCUGCCGCAGGCGGCAGCAGCAGCAGCAGCAGCAGCCAGCUUAGCUACGCGCUCUCACUCACGAUAGACGCGCCCGCCAGCUCCGCCGCCCCUAGCUCUAAGAAGAAGAAGGCAAAGCACGGGGCGGGCGAGGACGCGGGCGGCGGGGAGGAGGAUGACGAGGACGAGGCGCCCUCCUGCCGGGCCGUGUGUUUCAUGCCGGGCGGCAAUGACUGGCUGCUGGCGGGGUACUCGGACAAGGCCGUGAGGGCGUACGACGUGCGCACGGGCAAGCUUGUGCACGAGUAUGGGUCGGAGCACGACCAGCAGGUCAGCCGCGUGUAUGGCCUGGAGUGCGCGCCCAGCGUGUUCGCCAGCGGGGACGAGGAGGGGCUGGUGCUGCUGUGGGACAGCCGCGCAGCCAAGCCCAUCUACCGGUACACGCAGCACACGGACUACAUCACUGACAUGACGCUGCACGCCAAGGACCAGUGCCUGGUGGUCACCAGCGGAGACGCCACGUUGUCAGUGCACGACCUACGCAAGCGCAAGGCUCGCGCCCGCAGUGAGGACGACAACGACGACGAGCUGCUGAGCUGCUGCUGCGUCAAGGGCGGCAAGAAGGUGGUGGCGGGCACACAGAGCGGCGUGCUGCACCUCUACUCGUGGGGCUACUUCAACGACUGCAGCGACAGGUUCCCGGGCCACCCCGAGUCGGUUCAGGCGCUGGUGGCGUUUGACGACGACACCCUGUUGACUGGGUCCAGCGACGGUGCGGUGCGGGUGGUGGGCGUGCUGCCCAAUCGGCUGCUGGGCAUACUGGGCCAACACAACGGGGACCAUGAGGUGGAGCGGCUGGCGCUGUCGGCUGACAAGCACGUGCUGGUGUCCAUGUCGCACGACAGCGCCGUCAAGCUGUGGGACCUGGCGCUGCUGCAUGAGGACGACGACGAGGACGGCGAGGAGGAGGAGGAGGAGGGGGGCGAGGAGGGCGCUGAGGAGGGCGCGCAGGCGGGCGCAGAGGAGGAGGCCGGCGGUGACGGCGAGGCGGCAGGGGAUGCGCAGGAGGACGAGGAUGAUGACGAGGACGAGGACGAGUCGGACUUUGACAGCAGUGACUUCAGCGACAGCAGUGACGAGGAGGGCGAGGGCGAGGACGACGAGCGGGCGCCGGGCAGCGGCGGUGGCAGCGAAGGCGAGGGCGGCGGCCAAAAGGGCGGGAAGACAGAUGCCAAGGACUCGAAGGCCAGGGCGAAAAUGGAGGCGACUGUCAAGCCCAAAGCCGCCAAGGCCGCCGCCAAGCCAAGCGAGAAGGCGGCUGGGGACCGGGCGGCGGCGGCACUGGCGGCGGCGCUCGGGGGCGGCGGCGCGGCCGCUGCCGGCGGGAAAGCAGCGGCCACCGCUGCAGGCGAUGGUGAUGACGAUGCCGACAGCGACAGUGACAGCGACGGCGGCGGAAAGAAGAAGAAGGGCAAGCGGGACCGCGAGCGCACCAAGUGGACGAAGGGAAUGGAGGCGAAGAAGAAGCCCGAUGGAAACUUCUUUGCUGACAUCUUGUAGAUGCGGUGUGCGGUGUGGUUUGUCAUGGUUGACGGACGGCUGGAGGGACGGGUGGCGGAAGACUGAUCUGUGGUGGACCUCUGAAUGCGGCGCGUCGCAGGGCAGGGAAGGGGUGCGGGGGGGGGGGCAACAAAGUGUUUUCGGACAACCAGGGGGGGUGGACAACUGACGACAGUCUGACUGUCCGACUCGGUACCAUUGUGGGUCCGCACACCUGCAUGAGUCCAUGCAGUCCCGCGCGCGCGUACAGACGGUGCAACAGUGCAAGAACCGAAACCCCGCGGCCCGGCACUAAACUGAGUGGGUUUGGGAAUGAUUGGUCCCUGUAACAUGGUCAUCAG